AUUUUUAGUCUUAUUUUUAUUUAGACGGAGUUAUGACUCGAGAAUCAGUUUUGAUUAAAGAAGCGUGGAUGAAGCAAGGAAUAAAUCCUCUAAGAUGUGACGCGAUGAUGCCGAACCAGGCUGCUUGCUGUCCUUUUAACAGAAAUAAAACAUCAGCGGUUGACCCAGGUCGGCAGUUUAUGCGGUUGGUAAUAAAAAAUGAUGGUAUGUGCUCGGUUGGAUCGACGGAAGUCAAUAAAAUUGAUCACUCGAGAUAUCAUCGAUCCAAGAAAAAGAAGUUGACAAAGGAACCUGAACACAUGUUUGAGAUGAGUAAACAGAGUAGAGACUUGAAGGAGAACCAGGGAAACCUGGAGUACAAUCGCAAAUCUUCUGACAUGAAUCUUCUCUCUGGCUCAGAACCAAGAAAUCAGGCAUAUAAUCCCUCGGACAAUCCCAGAAAAUUUCAGUUGAGGAACAUAGAGAGUUUGCUCCAGCAAUACAAUAAUGCACCAAGUUCUCCGGAGUAUGACAAACAGGAAUCAAUCCGUGAGCAGAUCUCCAGUCUAUAUGAUACCUGGGUAAGAAUAGCGGAUGGGUUCAGGCCAGACGAGAUAAGGAAGUGCGGAGACGAAACUAGGGACAGAGAACAGAAGUCGAAAAGGAAAGAGCAUAAUAAUGCGGAGAAAAUUAGAAGGAUUCAACAGGCUAAAUCUUUUAAAGAUCUAAGCUGUCUAAUACCAGACUUCUACAACAGUGGAAAGGAUAGGAGCGGGACUUCCAAGAUAAGAAUCCUGACAGCAGCAAAGAAGCAUUGUCUUGUUCUUCAACGCACUCUCCAGGCUGUAGAAUUCGAACUGAAAUUAGAACAAAGAAGGAACUUGGAUCUCCUGGAAACUAAAAAACAAUUGAACCAGCUGGUUUAAAUGUGCAUCCAGUUUGAGGCUUUAGCUUUAAAAGAAUAAACAAUGAUUUUAAGCCACAAACUGUUUUCCGGAUUACUUAUGUAAGGAAGGGAACUGCUUUAAUUCUGUGAAUCAAACCAAUUGGUAAAUGUGAUUAAUAAACAUUGCAGUAGUCUGACAAAGUACCCUGUGGAGACUUAUAAGUUCGAUACUUAGAAUCCUAAAUGUAGAACUACUUUAUUUAGUAUUGAAAUAGUUUCUACUAUAAAGUAAUAGUAUUGAAAUAGUUUCUUUUACUUUAUAUUGAAAUAGUUGAAAUAGUGUUGAAAAAGAAAAUUUAGCAAUUAGUUCAAUAUUGAUAAUUUUUCCAGUUUAUGCUUUACUAACUGGAGAAGUGGAUUAAAGGCCUAAAAUCCCAACGACAUGUGAAUACUUACACAAUAUUUUUAAUUUGUAUCAUAAUUUGAUCUCACUUAGUAUUAUUUGCAUAGAGAAUAGAAUAUAUAUUAGAGAGGAAUUUAAAUAAUCUCUCGGUAU